CACUUCCGGUUUGUUUUCACGUGUGUGUGUUUGUAAACAAAUGCUUGCAUGUGGAUGUCGUUGUUGCGUGAUUCCAAGCACUGUGUGAUUAUCUAUCCCUGAUACACUAGAAGUUAAUCUGCGAAGACCAUAAAAUGGCGUCUAUUAUGAGCUAUUUGUCUAUGAAUAAUGGCCUACGUAUGCCCGCUGUCGGGCUUGGAACCUAUCUUAUGAAAGGUGACGCAUUGAAAAGGGCGGUCGAUUACGCUCUGUUCCUGGGGUACAGACAUAUCGACACAGCGCUAAGCUAUGGUAACGAAGUUGAAGUGGGCGAGGUCAUUAAAGAUAGGAUUAGGGCUGGGAAAAAUAAAAGGAAAGAUUUGUUUAUCACAACAAAAGUACCAUGUGCUUAUUUGGAAAGAGAUGCAGCGAUCAAAAGUGCCGAAAUGUCGCUAGAAAGUCUCAAACAAACACAUGUCGACUUGUUGUUAAUUCACCAACCUUGGGGUAAUGUCAACAGAGGGGUUGGAACGCUCAAACCUCUCAAUUCGAAAGGAGAACGUGAGUUGAAGCAUCACGACCUUCUGGAAACAUGGUCUGCCUUUGAACAGAUGCAUGGUCAGAAUUGGGCCAAAAGCAUUGGAGUAUCUAACUUCAACCCAGAACAGAUUCAGAGGAUAUGGGACAAAGCUAAAAUCAAGCCUGCAAAUCUUCAACUCGAGGCACAUGCUUACUGGCAGCAGAAGAAGCUUGUUGAGUUUUGUGGAGAGAAAAACAUUAUACUUACUGCAUAUUCACCACUAGGUGCACCAUCUAAGCCUGAUAAAAAGCCAGAAGAUCUGGUGCUGCUUGAAGAUCCACAAGUGAAACAAUUAUCGUUUGAGUACAAAAAGACUCCAGGACAGAUAUUGUUAAACUUCUUAUUGCUUAAGGGUAUGGGUGUUUUACCUAAGAGUCAAAAUUUCGAGAGAAUUAAAGACAAUCUGGAUAUAUUUGACUGGAAGUUGUCAUCAAGUGAUUUUGAGAAGCUGCUUAAGCUAGACAACACUGUAAAAUAUUUUACAAAUGAAUGGGCACACAGGCAUCCUGAAUUCGACAAGAGUGAACCUUUCUGAUAAUAUUGAACGACAUCCUUACUACAUUUUUACUACUAGUAGUAUAUUGUGUCA